AUGUGGUUAGCUUGGAAAGGGAUCGUCAAGAACACAUCGAUCCUGGCUAAAGGCACACGGAAGAGGGCCAGGAAUGUGAGGCAGGAUAGAAUAAUAUCAAAUCUUAACAGAGUGAAAAGUGGAUUCACCAACGACAAAUGCUGGGUUUGCGAAGAUAGCAUUGAGGAUAAUGAACACAUUCUACAGAUACCCAAAGGCAGCAAAGAUAUUAAACCUGAACACCAACUGAGGGCAAUAAGGGUUAGAGCUGCCAGGGUAUACGAAGUUCCUGAGGUAAGGGGAGAUAGCCAUACAAGCAAGAGUAUGGAAGUUUUGUUGCACGAUGAAGAGCCGUGCGUCGCACUGACGUUUCUGUGGAGAGCAUUGUCCUCUGCUUUAAGGUCUAAGAGGGAAAUAGUAUUAAAUGUUGCAUCUAGUGGCAUAGCUUCUCUUUUAUUACCAGGUGGAAGAACUGCACAUUCUCGGUUUGCCAUACAGAUAUCUGUUAAUGAAGAUUCCACUUGCAACAUAAGUCAUGGUAGUCCAUUAGCAGAGCUUAUUAUUAAAAGCAAGUUGAUAAUAUGGGAUGAAGCUCCAAUGAUGCACAAAUUUUGUUUUGAAGCCCUCGACCGAACUAUGAGGGAUUUGUUGUGCUGCAAAAAUCCGAGUAGUUAUGAAAUGACAUUUGGUGGUAAAAUAGUGGUUUUUGGUGGCGAUUCAGGCAAAUUCUACCAAUAUUACAAUUCCCGUCACUUACUGCUGAAGUGCAACGAUGAUCCUAUUGCUAAAAUUGUUGAUAGCACAUUCCCUCUUUUUAGACGUGGUAUUGGGGAUCUGACAUAUCUCAAUGAUAGUGCUAUUUUGGUUCCAACAUUGGAUGUGGUAGAUAGCAUUAACCAAUACAUGAAUGAUCAUAAUCUGGCUGAGGGUAAGACUUACUUGAGUUGUGAUUCUGUUUGUAAGUCAGAUUCAAAUGUAGAUGUUAGCAGAUUUGCACAUUCCCGAAUUCUUGAAUGGGCUGAGAUGUUCUGGAGUACCAAAUCAUGCUUUGACAUUGAAAGUUGGCACAUUCCAGAACAUUUGUUGUUGAAGUGCGAGGAUGACCCUAUUGCUACAAUUGUUGAUAGCACAUUCCCUAAUUUUAGACUGGGAAUUGGCGAUUUGUCAUAUCUUAAUGAUAGUGCAAUUUUAGCUCCAACAUUGGAUGUGGUAGAUGCCGUUAACCAAUACAUGAAUGAUCAUAAUCCGGCUAAGGGUAAGACAUACUUGAGUUGUGAUUCUGUGUGUAAGUCAGAUUCAAAUGUUGACAUGUUAGCGGAUUUGCACACUCCGGAAUUCUUGAAUGCCUUGAGAUGUUCUGGAGUACCAAAUCAUGCUUUGACUUUGAAAGUUGGAUCACCUGUUAUGAUAUUGCGAAAUAUUGAUCACACACUAGGAUUAUGCAACGGUACAAGGUUGAUUGUUACAAGGUUAGCUGACCACGUGCUGGAAGGCCAGAUCAUGUGCGGUACAAAUGCAGGAACCAGAGUAUUGAUUCCUAGAAUGUCACUUACACCGUCAGAUCCAAGAUUGCCUUUCAAAUUUCAAAGAAAUCAAUUCGCUUUGAUGAUAUCCUAUGCCAUGACAAUCAACAAAAAUCAAGGACAAACGCUUGCUAAAGUGGGGUUGUUAUUGAAAAAACAUGUCUUUAACCAUAGACAAUUGUACGUAGCUGUUUCAAGAGUUAGUAACCUCAGGGGGUUUGAAAAUUUUGAUUUUUAG